UAAACAGGAUUAAGUGACUAGCACAUUAAUGCCUAGAUGAGGGAUAAAAGAUGCGCUUCAAUAGCUCGGAGUUGAUUGAUUUUGCUCUGCCUGCUGGUGAGCAGGAAGGCCGUUUAACACAUAAGCCACCUCCUAGGACAUUAUAUGAUACUGCUUUCAAGGAACGGUGGUUCAAGCUUCGAGCAAACUGCCUAUUUUACUACCGAUUAAAUGAAUUUGGUGGUGUGGACAAAAAUGAACCAAGCGGUGUAUUUAUCUUGGAGAACUGUGAGGUUAAACGAGAAGCAGAUGCAGAUGCUCCCUUUGGUUUCACAAUCCAGUGGAAGGAUGAUCCAGAGAGAAAGCACAUGUUUUUUGCGCAGAAUGAGCAGAGUGUACAUACCUGGGUUUCAAAGAUUAUAAAAGCAAGCUAUGAGCAUUUACGGGCACAGUUGAUAAUGUUGAGAGUCCAGAUCAGAAGAAAAACAGGAAAAGAUCCGCUCGAGCAGUUUGGCACACCAUUGCCUCAGCGAGCUUCAUGGUCCCAGGAAUUGCAGCACGCCAGGUCAUUUGAAGGGUUGUGUGUAUCUUCCCAAACUUCAGCUAGCCGAGCAUUAUCAGUGCCUCCAGGCCUUAUGACUUCCAUUUCAUCACCGGAUACAAAGUCGAGUCUUCCAUCAAAAAGUCCGGGACUGUUUAGAAAAAGUCCUGUUCCCCCUCCAAGAAGGGAAAAACGACUUGCUGCAGAAAAUGGGAUUCCUGGUGGCUCAGCUCAUGGUGUUGGAAGAAACAAAGCUUCAUUUAAAAGUCAUGUAUUUGACUCUAAGCUUAGCAGUGAAACUUCUAAGGACUGUGAUAAAAAUAUGCAAGUGCCCAAGCCAAAGUCAUCUUUUGUAAGCCAUAUAAAUGAAUGAGAUAAGAUAUUUGGUGUAAUGAACUGUGACUUUGUUUGAAUCUCUGUUUUGUGGAUUUUCAUUUAUUGUUUGGUGCUACUAUUUGUGAGAGAUAAUUAUUGAGUUUAAGAUACUGAAAGUCCCAUAUGUGAGUACAGUUAGAAGUUGAAAAUGGUUAAAGGUAGUAUUAUCUUUUCCAUGAAAGCCUUGCUAAUUUCAGAAUUUUAAAAAUGUUAUAGCUGUAUUGGUAAUAUUUAUUUUAUAAAAGUUGAAGGAUGUUUAAAGUCUGUGAACAUAUCCUGUAUUUAGCAUAUCUGUGGUCCACUAAGUUGCAACUUAAGCGUAGUGCAGUGAUGCAGAAAUUUCAGAUAGGAAAUCGCAAUAAUUUUGUGUUUGUGUAAUGACUGAACUUAAUGUUUAGGCAAUUUCUGAAUUUUUGAUAUUUGGAAAGUAAUCAAAGUUACAAUUUAAAGGUUAUUUAUGAAUUUACAACCUUUAGAAAGUAAAGGUUACAAAAAUGUUAUAUUGUGGAAUUGAUUUGGUGGUAUUUGGCAGAUGAGUGAUCAUUUGUGUCAUGUUGAAAUGUAUGUACUCUUCCUUUGUAUUCAGUAUGUGUUUAGCACCGUUCACCUUGUACGAUAUUUAUCUUAGUUUUUAAUUUUUAUUUACUUCAUCAUGACUUGGUUAUGGAGUCACAUGUGUCAGCAGCAUUUUAUAAAUUUCUUUGGUAAUGGAAACAACUCUUAAAUUUAAGAGAUGUUUCCAUAUAUUGCUCCUGUGAUGAAGUGUCAUAUUUCCCUGAAAGGCAUUUAGAUUUAGCUUGUAUUCAUUGAUCUAAUGGGAUUAAACGAAGGUGUUUUUGUUAAUACAGUGCAGUAUUUCUUGAGUGAUCACUCUUGAUAAUAGGGAAUUUAUUAAUUGUAACUGUUGGUAACCUAUAGCUGAUGAACAUAUAAUUUAUACACAGUAUUACCAACAGCCCUGCCUGUUUUGUGAUAUUCCUUAGGAAGUGUCUAAGACAUAGUCUUAGACACUUGAAUAUCUUGUAAGUGAAUAUGUUUCCAGUGGAAAUAUUAAGACAUUUAAAAUUGAAAAUGGUGUCCAGUAAAUAGUUCUGUCAGUAAUGCACAACUUAAACUGCCAAUUAAAGCUGUUACUAAACAGCUAGGUGACUUUCCGAGGUUUAGUACAGUCUCAUGUCAAGUUGAGUUUGUGGGAAAAGUCAAGGUUAUCAUGCUCUUAAAGUCUUAGAAAUAAGAAUGUAACAUUGAAAUAAAAUACAUAAAGGGUAACCUAAUAUGGCAUUAUUACAAUGAAGCUAAAUUUAAAUAUAAGGUAGUCCCUGGUUUUUGGUGGCGUCAGCGAUUGGUGAUCUGGUUUUACACUGCUUGCCUAGUGACAACGAUAACUGGAUUUUCGGUGCCGAUACGUGCCAAUCUCUGGCUAUGGGUGCCAAUCCCUGGUUAGCAGUGCUGAUUUCUGCUUAAUGGCGCCAAUACAUAAUUGGGUAUUGGUGCUGAUACAUACCUAGCGGAGGCGCAGAUAACUGAAAAUAAGUGAUUUUCAGUGCUUAUUGAUGCCAAAAGUGCCGAAAAUUGCUGAUUUUCAGUUAUCGUCACUGUUGGAGUGGAACCCCCGCUGAUAACCAGGGACUGCUUUAUUGGUGCCAGCAACCGGGGAUCAGAGCUGUUACUGCCGAUUUUUGGGGGUACUGAUUGAUUGAUUAUAUUUUAAGAAGCAGUUACUUUACCAGUAAAACUAAAGAAGUCAGAUAUAUGGAUUAGUAUCAGACUUACUUCUAGAAAAUUAAUUAGCUCAUAAUGAAAAAAAAUCUUUACAGAUGCUCAUGCUUUUAAAAUUUUCCUAAUUAUUUACAAGUUUAAAGCUGUGAACCACUGCUGCUACUGUAUUGACACAGUGACCUGGUAAUCAGGUAAAGUGCCAUAGACAUACAGUAAAAGUAAGUAACUCACUGAGUUACUGAGGGUAUUAAAACAAAAAAUCUAUCCAAGAAAUAAUCAUUCUCUAUCCUUUUCAGUUACAGCAGAAAAGCUUUUUGAGGUGAUAUCUUUGAGGGUCGUAAUUCUAUCAGUACUAGAUUUUCCUGCUCCUUGGUUUGUAUGUGAAAUCUGACCAUGUGAUUAUAAGCUCGAAGUUAGAAAAGAACCAUAAAAUGUAUAGUACUUUUGAAUACUGUAUUAGCAGUACAGUAUAUUGGAAAUAAGGCUUAAUGGUCCAUAUUAUGUAAUUUAUACUGACAACUCUUAAAGUUCUGUGUAGAAUUUGGCACUUCUUUUUUGAUAAGAGUAAAUGAUUUCUAAACUUUAACAAUAUAUUUUUGAUAGCAUACUUCUGGCAGAGAUGUCAGCAAUUCUGAUCAUUAGGAAAUAUCAUUUUACAUAACUUUAUUUUCAGUGACUCAAAACCUCACAUGUCCUAUAAUUUCAACCCCUUCAGACAGUAUUUACGAAGGUCAUCUUGCUCUCAUAAGGGUCAACCAUUCAUAAAUUGGUUAGCUGCAAUGUUGCUCAAUGUCACAUAUCAAAUGAUCAGUUGUGUAGCAAGUAUCCCAUUGAUUGGGUGAGGUGUAGGAAGCUUGGUAGGAAAAAAUAGAUGAAUUUUAUUUGUAGGGAAAGUUUAAUUCACCAAGACAUUAAAACCUUGCCUAUUAAAGAGGCUCGAUUAAACUGAUCCUCACAUAUGAAUCAAGAAUUGAAUUUUUUUUAGCUGGACUGUCAGCCAUAUCAGUUCCAAAAAUACUCUGUAUUGAACAAGAAGGAUGUAUUUCAUCAUUUGGACUAUUAAUGUUCAGGUUGCCACUUCAUGGAAUAUAUGUAAGUUUUUAUGCAUUUCAAAAAAUGAAUCUUAGUGCCAUAGCAUGUAAGGCAUCUUCUUAAGUGGUUACAGUGAACCCCCAUAAUCAUGGGGAUGGGUACCACACCCCCUGCAAAUAGGUAAAAUCUGCAAAUAAUUCAAGCACAGAAAAGAAAAGCACUCUCAAAAUGCUUAUACUUGAGUAUGUAUUUUAAUAGUUUUAUCACGAAAAGUGCAUUGGUUUACGGAAAUGAAGAUACAGUAAUUUGUGAAUACUGCUCAGUGAAAAAUACUGCGGACAGGUGAAUUUUCUGAGAAUAAUGUGUAUAAUACGUACAUACAGUCAAACCUCGGAUUUCUUAUGCCCUGGUUUUUGUACAAUUUGCCUUUUGUUGACUUCUUCCGGCAAAAGUUUGACUCGUGUUUUGUACAUUUCUUCGGAAUUUGUGCACCCAGAAACGUUCCCUCCAGGGCCCACCUUGUGAUUAGGCUUAUACCAAGCACCCAAACAAAGUAUCCUGUGUUCUCUCGUGACCCAUGCUUCUUUUGUGUUUGUUGUUUUUUUUACUUUGUUGUGCUUUUUUUAUUCAAGUGCAAAUGCUAAAUAAACCAUCAUGGAGCCAAAGAAAGUUCCAAGUGCCAGCCCAUUUUUAGUGUUAGUGAAUUGAAGACCAGCAUAGGCUGGUUUGAAAAUUUCAAAAAGCGAAUGGGCAUAUAUAAUGUGCCUACUUCAGUGAUUAAGGACAUUGUUGCAAAGUGGAGUGAUGUAACAAAUUUUGUGGAGAAUUAUAAUCCCAACAAAGAUGUCUCCAACGUGUUUAAUGACAGUACCUUAAUUCAAUUUAGUCAAAUUUUAAAGAGACACCAGAAACAAAUGUCUCUGGACAGUUUUGUUGUGCGACAGGGGCCCAAUGACUCUCAAGCUGGUCCUAGUGCCAGCAAAGAAUGAAGAGGGGAAGUAACUCCAGACAGUGCCGGUAAAAAAUGAAGAGGAGAAAUAACCCCAGGUAGGUCCUUGAUACCUGAAGUCCUUCUCGAGGGGGAUUCCCCUUCUAAAGAAUAACCUCUCCUCCUCCCUCUCCCCUCCACUCCGUCUUCCAUAUGCUAACCAGAGUCUUCCAUAAAGGUGAGAGUGAUGUUGAAUAUUUACUUAUCCAUUUAUAUUUGUUCCUCAUUGUUUUCUGUAUGCAAAACUGUGUUUAUUAUCUAUAAAAUGUAUUUAAAAAAAAAUAUUUUUGGGUGUCUGGAGCACAUUAAUUGUAUUUACAUUAUUCCUUAUAGGAAUUAUUGUUUCGGAUUUUGUACAUUUCAGACUUAAUAAGACGUUCUGGAAUGGAUUAUGUAUGAAAACUGAGGUUCCACUGUAUAUGUUCAUUAGAAAAAUCCACAAACAGGUGAGCCCAUGAAUCAUGAGUCUGUGAACAGCAGGGGUUGACUGUACGUUAUUAUCAAUAGUGCUUUACACUGCAGUGGUCCCAAUGCAAGCCUGUUCAAGCUUGAUAGAUUUUCACUAGCAACAUGACCACACCAUUUCUGUAAACCAGGCAUGGACGUAACUUGUGGGGGGGGGGCCGCUUGGGGGCCGUGUGCCCCCCAUUUUGAAACUGGUGCCCCCCAGGUGCCCCAAUUUUGAGUUCAGGAAGAUUGUAGUAAAAGCCUAAGCUUAAUUUUCAUAUUACGUAUUAUUAUUAUUAUUAUUAUUAUCUAAUUUUAAUUUACAAGUAUGGUCAGAGGUUCAUGAUUUUUAUUGAAAAAAUAUUUGAGCAAGUUUGAGUUAUAUGAAAACGUGAUUCACAACUUGAUAGACUUAAAUAUUUUAAAAGAAACUUAAUAUCUUUCCAUAUGACGUAAAAAAAGGAAUGAGUAUUAUAAUUUAUGCAUGCCCAGUGGCCCCAUAUUCAGCUGUGCCCUCCAGGUGCCCCCCCUAUUAAUAGACUCCUAGUUACGUCUAUGGAACCUGGGAGAAGGGUUUGGCAGACUUACUACAAGUGAGGUACACACAUUCACAAGAAAAAUAUAAAGAAUUCCAUUACUCAAAAAUCCACAGUACAAACUAUACACAGGCACUACUUUUACAGUACUGAAAAGGAAUAAAAUACAGAUACUAAUUAUGAGUAUGAAGGAACUGGCAGACACUUCACAUCACUGGGUUAAAAACAUGAUUACAGUGUUAGUCUGCAAAUAGCAGGGAUCAGCUGUACAUCAACAGUAAUUUUGUACUUAUUUCUUUCUCCUGUCUUCAAGAUUUCAGAAGCUGUACUAUGCCUAGGGGAAUUCAACACUGGACUAAAGCUAAUCAUGUUUGAUGGGUUGAUAAGAAGAAACUUAUUGGUUUUGUAAUUGUCACAUAAAAGUAGGCUUUUGAAAUGUUGAAUUUAGUUCACCACUGUGGGAGCAGUGACAGCUUAGUGUUAUGACAGAGAUGUAUGUGUCUGUCAAACUUACUACUCAUGCUACAGUCAUUCACUCUUACAUGAGAUGCAUGGUUGUUGUGAUUGUUAUGGCUACUCAGUUCAUUCAUUAAUGGUAGCCAAAUAACCAAAGGUAUCAGUGGACAGGAUAGGGUAGGUGAUAGGAAAAGAGGGUUCGUGAUUUCACAUAAAAGAAAAAAUGUACAGUGCUCUAUUGCUCAUAUGCUGGUAGGUCUUAAGAGGAAGGGAUAGACAUCAAAGACAAAACUUGAGACUGUGGUGUUUAAUUUCAAAAUUACAGUAUGUAUGGUACUUUGUCUUGGAAAUUUACUUUCAUUUUGUAGCACUUACUAUCAAAGCAUUCUAUUUAAUGGCAUAGUUAUAGUGUUUACCUUUAUGAUUGUAGUUCAUAAUCUCACUGUGAUACCAUUUACAUUGCAAUCUUAAACAUAGUAUCAUGGACCUCGAUGUUAUUACAGCAGUCCCCAGUUAUCAUCGGGGGUUCCAUUCUUGAUGGGGUGCUGAUAAGCAAAAGUUGCCAUUAACCAAAACUUGGAGAUUUAUGGUUCUUAUGGCACCAAGUUUAGGUUAAUGGUGCUGAUAACUGGUUAAUGGCACCUCUGUUAGGCAUGUUAUGGCGCCAUAAAUCGCUGAUUUUAUGGCACUAGACAAAUGCCAUAAAACUAGAUUACUAUUAACUGACUCCACUGAUAACUGGAGACUGCCUGUAUUUACUAUGGGAUAGGUUAUUGUCAUUUUUCAUUUAGUACUCUGUCAUAGCCUAAAGAUACACUAUCAUAUUAUAGCAUUUAUUUUUAAAGUUAUGAUGUUUUCUAAUUAUUUUCAUGCUGAUACUGUUUAUUACUAAAUUCAUACUAUAUUGUACACAUACAUACAUACUAGUAUUUAUCAUCAUAAUAACAGUAUAUAGUAUGCUAUCAUAGCCAUAAUACUUUAGUAAUAUUAUUGUCACACUAUGUACUGUCUUACUUAAUUAAACAAUGUAAAUUGUUACCAUCAUGAUCAGAUAAUGUGCAUAAUUCAUUAAAUCACUAGGGCAAAGAAAAACUGAGAGCAUGACAGUUUUGGUAAUAAGGAAUAAGGGAAAUAAAAGAAACCCUAAAAAAAAUAAUGCAACUAAGAUGGCUAUAAUAUUCUUUAUUAUU